AUGGUUUAUAUUAAAUUGAAAUAUUUUACACUUCGUGGUCCAAUACCUGGCUUGUCUCCACAUUUCAUUUUUGGAAACCUUAUUCAAUCGGGUUUAUUAUUAGGCAAGAGAUCAGCAUCUGAUGUCUGUAUAUCGUUCAAGGAACGUUUCGGUGAUACUUAUCAAUAUUGGCUUGGUUUUAUGCGUUUCAUUGCUGUCCAUGAUAUUGAUGAUGUUCAGUACGUUCUUACGCAUCGAAAUAUUUACGAUCAAGGGCAAGUAUCGCUUAUUACACUAGUAAUAACAAAUAUUUAUUCAUUUUUGUUGCUAGGUUUCAAAUUCAAACGACACGGUGCUCUUACUAUGCCGUUAUUUCGUCGUAGCAAAAUUAUUUCGAAUAUUAACACAGUUGUUGAUGGUACUGACAAACUAUUAGAUAGAUGGCGUGCUAGACCACAUGAUCAGGUGAAUACAGAUGUUGUUGAACAGUGUCAAAAUCUUCUUCUUGAAAUAUUUGGAUUAAUUGCUUUUGAUUAUAAUUUGGAGACAGUUGAUAGUAAAUAUUCCAGCAAUAAUAACGAACUGACCAAAGCCCUACUCGAUAUGAUGAGUACAUUUAAAAUGGCUCUAUAUGCACCUAGUUUUGUAUCAAUUAUCUAUAUGAAGUUGAAUACUCGAUUUCAACGAGCAAGAGCAACAGUCGAACGACAUUUUAAUAAAAUGAUCGAACAAGAGUUGGCUGAAAGUCCAGAUUCGAGAGCACAACGAAAGAAAACUUCUUUAAUCGCAUCACUUGUUAAUUCAUUACAACCCGAUGAAAAAGCUGAAGCAAAAAAAAAAGAGGAAGAUAAAAGAGUACUUCGUUAUUCUCCAACGAUUGACUCAACAUGUCGUUCAGUCACUGUCGACGACUGUCUUCCUAAAAGUGGUACUCGACUUUACAAAGGUGACCAAGUACUGAUUCCAACAUCCUCUCUCGCUCGAGAUAGGCGUCAUUGGAAAAUCGAUCCUGAAUUAUUCUAUCCAGAAAGAUUUCUUAAUGAAGAUAAAAAUCAUCAUCCAUAUGCAUUUCUACCAUUCGGAGGUGGUCAUCGUCAAUGUCUUGGACGAGAAUUAGCUCUAUUCGAACUAAAAGUAAUUAUAGCUCGUAUGUUACAACAAAUAACAAUUGGUGAUGGUGGCCCUGAAGUAAAUUCAGGUGGAUUUAUUCAGAAACUAACUCUUAUACCUAAACAUGUCGGAGUCACUAUUGAAUUUCAUUGA